AUGCCCCGUGACAUCCACAACCACUUGCUUUUUGAAGUGGCCACUGAGGUCGCCCAUAAGGUGGGCGGCAUCUACCUGGUUUUGAAACUGAAGGCGCCAAUCACCGUUGCUGAAUACAGAGAGAGGUACACGUUGAUCGGGCCUUUGCACUAUGAGCUGGCCCAGAUCGAGGUCGAGGAGAUCCCAUUGAAGGAUCCGGCUGUCAAGACGGCCUUGGACUCCAUGAGUGAAAGAGGCAUUCGCUGGGUAUACGGUCGUUGGUUGAUCGAGGGUGCUCCCAGGGUUUUGCUUUUCGAUAUCCACCUGGCUCUGCUGAUGCUUAACGAGUGGAAAGCUGACUUGUGGACGUCCGCUGGCAUUCCUACGCCUGACCAUGACCACGAGACAAACGACGCUAUUCUCUUGGGUUACAUUGUCGCUUGGUUUUUGGGCGAGUUGGUCUAUAACGAUAGGGAGAGAGCCGUUAUCUGCCAUUGUCACGAAUGGUUGGCCGGUGUGGCCUUGCCCCUUUGCAGAAAGCGUCGUAUUGACGUGACCACCAUCUUUACCACCCACGCUACUUUGCUUGGUAGGUACCUCUGUGCUGGUCUGACGGACUUUUACAACAACUUGAAGCAUUUCGACGUGGACGCAGAGGCUGGCAAGAGAGGUAUCUACCACCGUUACUGUAUUGAACGUAGUGCCACCCACCUGGCUGAUGUGUUUACGACCGUGUCUCAUAUCACUGCCUACGAGCUGGAGCAUCUUUUGAAACGUAAACCAGACGGUGUUUUGCCUAACGGUUUGAAUGUGGUGAAAUUCCAAGCCGUGCAUGAGUUCCAGAACCUUCACGCUGUCAAGAAGGAUAAGAUCCAUGAGUUUGUGAAAGGCCAUUUCUACGGAAACUACGACUUUGACCUCGACAACACUUUAUACUUCUUCAUUGCCGGCAGAUACGAGUUCCGUAAUAAGGGUGCCGAUUUCUUCAUUGAAUCCUUGGCUCGUUUGAACUAUCGUUUGAAACAGGCGGGCUCUAAGAUGACCGUUGUCGCUUUCAUUAUCAUGCCUGGUAAGAUCAAUUCCUAUACCGUUGAAACCUUGAAGGGUCAGGCUGUUGUGAAGUCAUUGGAAUCCACCAUUUCCGAGGUCCAGAAGAAGAUCGGUGAUCGUCUUUUUGAACAUUGCGCUCGUUUCCCCAACUCCAACAACGUCUCCAACACCAAUGGCCAAGAAGUGCCAUCAAUUGACGACCUCAUCAAGCCUGCCGACCGUGUGCUCUUGAAAAGACGUAUUUUUGCUUUGAAGCGUGAUGGUCUUCCUCCAAUCGUUACCCACAACAUGACCGAUGACGCCACGGAUCCGAUUUUGAACCAAAUUCGUCGUGUCCAGCUCUUCAACAAGCCUGAAGACAGAGUCAAGAUCAUUUUCCACCCAGAAUUCCUCAACGCCAACAACCCAAUUUUGUCCCUAGACUAUGAAGAGUUUGUCCGUGGUUGCCACUUGGGUGUUUUCCCAUCGUACUACGAACCAUGGGGUUACACUCCAGCUGAAUGUACUGUCAUGGGUGUUCCUUCCAUCACCACCAACUUGUCUGGAUUUGGCUGUUACAUGGAAGACCUCAUUGAAAACACCAGCGACUACGGCAUUUACAUUGUUGACAGAAGACAAAAGUCUGUAGAUGACUCCAUCAACCAGCUUGUCGACUACAUGUUUGAUUUCACCGAGAAGACCAGAAGACAGAGAAUUAACCAGAGAAACAGAACCGAACGUUUAUCUGACUUGUUGGACUGGAAGCGUAUGGGUCUCGAGUACAUCAAGGCUAGACAACUCUCGUUGAAGAGAGCCUACCCAGAUAAGUUCAAGAACGGUGCCAACCCAUUCCAGAACCAGUCGAACCUAAAGUUGACUCGUCCAUUGUCCGUUCCAGGUUCUCCACGCUCGAAGGUUGGUAUCAUGACUCCUGGCGACUUGGGUUCUUUACAAGACGCUGCCCAGGCGCUCAACACAGAAGACUAUGUCAGCUUCAAGUUGGGUGAAAACGGCGACGACGACGAUGAAGACGCUCACUAUCCAUUGACAUUGAGAGGCCUGUCUGCGCCCCCACAAGACGAGUAG